GCCCGUCACUCAAACGCGACGCGGAAGUGCAGCGCGGAGGAGGCGGCGGACAAUAACAAGAGAAACCAGCUCUACCACGGGAUCGCGAACACAUUUACACGUGUUGUGGUUACUUCACAUGGUGGACCGGUGCUCGGUUACUCACAGGCUCGUCUCCGGGAUGUCUCGUUCCGGUUCAUGACCGAGAAGUGCCCGGUUCAACGCUCCUGGACUGAGCUGCAGAAAAAUGUCAACCAAGGAGGACGGAGAAGGUAAAAACUGUCAACCUGUGGCCAUGUCGCCAGAAAGAAUGUCCACCGACAAAAGCAGAGAAAACCAGAACGAGCGCAGAGUCGAGGCGACGGGAGAAACCACAGAAACCAGCACAUCAGCAAAAAACCUGGCCCUGCUCAAAGCUCACUCCCUGGAUGUGAAGUUCGACGUCGGAGAGGAGUAUGACGUCAUAGAAACCAUCGGCACAGGGGCCUAUGGAGUCGUGUCAUCUGCCAGGAGACGGGACAGUGGCCAGCAGGUGGCGAUAAAGAAGAUCUCCAAUGCUUUUGAAGUGGUGACAAAUGCCAAGCGCACUUUGCGAGAGCUCAAGAUUCUGAAGCACUUCAAACAUGACAACAUUAUCGCCAUCAAAGACAUCCUGCAGCCGAACCUCCCUCACUCUGCCUUCAAGUCUGUGUACGUGGUGCUGGACCUCAUGGAGAGCGACUUGCACCAGAUCAUACACUCUGCCCAGACGCUCACCCCGGAGCACACACGCUACUUUCUGUACCAGCUACUGCGUGGCCUUAAGUAUGUGCACUCUGCCAACGUCAUCCACCGUGACCUCAAACCCUCCAACCUGUUGGUGAACGAGAACUGUGAGCUGAAAAUCGGAGACUUCGGCAUGGCGAGGGGUCUCAGUUCGCACCCCGAGGAGUCUCACUCCUUCAUGACUGAAUACGUGGCGACGCGAUGGUAUCGUGCUCCUGAACUCCUGCUGUCGCUGAAUCACUAUACUUUGGCCAUUGACUUGUGGUCGGUGGGCUGCAUCUUUGCAGAAAUGUUGGGGCGUAAGCAGCUUUUUCCUGGGAAGCACUACGUCCAUCAGCUGCAGCUCAUUCUCUCUGUGUUAGGCACUCCUCCGGAGGGUUUAAUCGGUGCUAUCAGAGCCGACAGAGUACGCUCCUACGUUCAGAGUCUUCCAACGAGGUUAGCCGUGCCUUUGGCCAAACUCUAUCCACAGGCUGAACCGGAGGCUUUGGACCUGCUGGCGGCCAUGUUGCGCUUUGACCCUCGUGAACGAAUAGGUGUGACACAAGCGCUGGAGCAUCCUUACCUGGCCAAGUACCACGACCCAGAUGACGAGCCAAUCUGUGUGCCAGCUUUUGACUUUGAAUUCGACAACCUCCAAAUGAACAAGGAGCAGAUCAAAGAGGCGAUUCUGGUGGAGAUCCAGGACUUUCAUAGAAACAAACAAAUCACUCGUCAGAGACUGCAGUUCAGGCCUCUGGUGAAUGGCGGAGCUGUAGCACAGAGCAGCAACCAGUCUAACGCUCAGGCCUCGACUGUCACCAAAUCAGCAUUGGUUCCCAUGGCACAACACUCGCAAGCAGCACAGAUACAACAGCAGCAAAUGAGAGAAGUGGAAUCUCUUCAGCAACAAGACCACACACCAGCAAAAGGGAACUAUGCAUUUACAAAUGACAUGCAGACCUUUAAUAAGCCCACAUCACUCCUAGAAGUUACUCCACCUCGUGUGACCCAUAAUUUGCCCCUGCUCUCUAAAAAUGAAAGUGGCCCAGUUGAUGUGGACAUGCCCAGUGCCAACUCAGACUGCAGUCAGCUAGAGACUAUAGAUUUAACAACACCAGUGUCUAGUCAGGAGGCCCCCUCAGAAACAAUGAGAGACAGUGAGGCACAGGAGCAGCUCACCAGCGGUCAAGCUGCCCUGACUCAAUCCACCCAGAGCCAGUCCAUGACCCAGGUUCCCACCAGUGUUCCUGCAACACCAGCACAGACCAUGACACCCCUACCCACCACUGUGCCUUCCCUUUCCCUGUCUGUGGCACAAGCCCAGUCACUGUCUCAGUCCCUUUCACAGUCACUGUCCAAGAACGCCAGGCCUCCUCCUGGUGCAGGAGAGGGAACCAGAAAAGAAGGAGCCAUUUCAGAGGAUACUAAAGCUGCACUUAAAGCAGCUUUAUUAAAAUCCGCUCUCAGAAAUAAAUGCAGGGGUGAUGGAGGUAUGUCUGCGCUGGGCAUGGAUGCUAGUGGAGGAGGUAUAUUGUCCUCCCUGUCAUCUGUUCCGGAGUCGCGACGGCCUGUCACAGCCCAAGAGCGUCAACGAGAAAGAGAGGAGAAGAGAAGGAAGAGGCAGGAACGAGCCAGAGAGAGGGAGAGGAAAAUGAAGGAAAAGGAGAGAAGAGAGGGAAAACAGGGGGACUCUCUGGGCGGGGUUCUGCUGAGUGACAACGACAAAAGCCUUUUGCAGCGGUGGACGAUGAUGAUGGACAGUCGAAAUGAGAGGGUUGUUGAAAAUGACUGUAACUCACACCGGGGCGUGGGGAUCGGUGAUAGCACUCAAGGAGCUCUGAGCAAUAUAACAGACAAGGAACUGAGGAGGAUUCAUCUUCACAAACAGUUAAUCUCUAGAGUUAAACCUAACCAGCCGAGUUUGUUCCAACCACCCAGCAGCCAGCAAGCAUCAUUACUUUUACCCAUGAGCCAGAGGAAACCUCCCGCAGAUUUAGUUGUUAGUGGAGGGAUAGAUAUAUUGAGUGUCACUAGCAGCUUCGUUAAAAACAACACGCUCAAACCCCACAACGAGGGCAACGGACAAAGUGGUUUCAACUGUUUGGGGAAUUGGAGCGGGCAGCAAUUAGAGACAAGGCCACCUCAACAACCACAACAAAACAGGAAACAGCAGACGCUACCGCCAGGCUUUCUUCAGCCGCAGCUCCAACCACAAAGCCAAACCCAACCCGACCCUCAACCUCAGUCGCAGCUGCUCCCACUGGAGAGUUUUUUGACUAAGGCUCCAACUCUAACCAGCAGAGAGACAAAUGGGAAUGUGAACAUCGGAGGCCAAAAUAACCUCAACUCCCACCCGACUACAAGGGCUGGGCCGAUGGAGAAGCUGUGUCCCACCGCGGGAGAGAAAUCGGGGCCACAGCCGACAAACCCUCUCUGUGGGGCUUUAGGAGUCCCGUCACAGCCUCAUCCCAGUUUAGGAUUCACUGAUACAGGACAACAUGGGCCCUCCAUUGCCCCCGACAUCCACACAGUAACACUGCAACUGUCAAAGUCCCAGGUGGAGGACAUUCUACCCCCAGUGUUCUCAGUCACCCCUAAAGGUAGCGGCGCUGGGUACGGCGUGGGCUUCGACCUGGACGACCUUCUCAACCAGUCUCUCACAGACCUGCAACACUGUGACAGGGACAGCUACGACUCGGCUCCCCUGUCGGCCUCCCUCUUAUCUGAUUGGAGCGAGGUGCACCGCAUGACUCCGGCUGAUCUGGAAUCACUGCAGCAGGAGUUGCAGCUCGGCUCUCCCAUGAUCCUCUCUGAUACCAUUCCCCCUGACGCCUGACUUUCCUUAAAUCUGAAAAGACGAAACUUGGAUUUGUGUUGAAGUUAUUUUCUUUUUUAGCAUGAAAACCUUAAAUGAAGACUAAUUAAAUUAAUUUAAACGCUAGUCUUUGUUUUUUAUCGGCACUACCAAGCUGUUUUUUUACCAUUUUGACAUGCUGUCCGUUCUUUAUAAUAAAGAAAACUCAUUCUG